AAUCAGGAGUUGGGGUGACGAUUGUUAGUAGUCGCUGGGAAGUGAAGUUAUACGCACAAGGUCCAGCAAGUCACAAGAGCAGUCUGUUCAAGGUUUGGGGUACUUGAUUUGUGGUAUUUUUCUUGACAAAGGGGGUGCUCUGCUGCGUCAUGGAAGCUUCUACCCUGGAUUCCUGGUGGGCCAUUUCCACGAUUCUGCUGAGUGGAUUAGGUCUGCUGUACCUACGCCGGUAUUUCACAAACAAUCACGACUACUGGAAGAAGAGAUGUGUUCCUUACGCGAAACCCGUACCACUAUUCGGGAAUCUCUUAGAUACAGUGCUGGCCAAAAAGUCAUUAGGCGAAAACUUUCAAGACAUCUACUGGAAGCUGGAUGGAUACAAGUACGGUGGCGCUUUCAAAUUUGGUCAACCGAUGUUGAUGGUUCGAGACCCUGAGCUCGUCAAGAAUGUGCUCGUCAAAGAUUUCAUGAGUUUUCAUGACAACAACGUCAAAAUAAGCGUCGACAGAGACCCGAUGUUUGGCCGCAAUCCUUUCGUUCUGCGAGGCGAGAAGUGGAAGGCGACAAGAUCGAAACUGGUUCCUGCUUUCACAGUGGCGAAGCUGAAACCACUGUUUCCUCUGGUCGAAGAGGUGUGUCAGGAGCUGAAGGAGUACAUCGACGACAACAGACACACAGGUGAAUUUGAAACCAAGGAACUGUGCGCCAGGUUCAUGACAAAUGUUGUGGCCACUUGUGCCUUCGGAGUCAAUGGAAACGCCAUUAAGAAUCCUGAAAGCGAAUUCCGACGUAUGGGUCGUAAUAUGAUAGAACCGAAUUAUUGGAAGAAUGUGAAGAUUACGAUAAUAUUACUAGUACCGUGGAUUGCUGAUUUAUUCAAUUUGAGGUUUAUCACGAGGACUGUAGAGGACUUCUUCCGGCGCCUGGUAAAGGAAGUGGUUAUGUACCGAGAACAAAACAAGGUGACUCGUGCCGACUACCUCCAGUAUCUGAUCAACCUCAAGAACAAGGAACUUGAUGGCGACUCAAUCAACGAUCACGACUUCACGCCACAGAAGACAAUUUUUACAGACGAGGACGUUGCAGCACAAGCGAUUACAUUUUUCGGAGAUGGGUUCGAAACGUCAUCAGCGGCUCUGAGCUUCUCAUUGUACUGUCUGGCGAUCAAUCCUGACGUACAGAAGAGAGUUCGAGACGAAGUUGAGUCUGUGAUGAAGAGACAUGGAGGCAAACUAACUUUCGACGGUAUCCAAGACAUGACGUACCUCGAUAUGGCUUUAGCAGAGGCUCUGCGUAUGUACCCACCUGCCAUGUUCAUGAUACGCGAGUGUACCAAGCCAUUCAAACUAGAAACACCUUCAGGUGGUUCAUACGAGAUUGAAGUAGGGACUCCAGUGAUUAUCCCGGUGUAUGCACUUCACUACGACCCUCAACACUUCCCUAAUCCAAAGAUCUUCAACCCAGAUCGUUUCAGUUACGAGAACAAGAAAAGCCGACACAGAUACAUCUAUCUGCCAUUUGGUGAGGGUCCGAGGAUCUGUUUACGUGUCAGGUUCGCACUAAUGCAGGUGAAAGCAGGAAUUGCUGCUCUAAUAUCGAACUUCGAGAUUCGGCCGACAAAACGUACGCCAGUACCACUUACCCCCAAUCCGAACUACAUACUCCUUGCUGCCAAGGGCGGACUUUGGCUUCAGUUCGUGAAGCUCGAGAAUGAUUAUCCUAUGGCCGACAUGCAUAGAGUGAAGCCAUCUCGGUCGAUUGCCAAGCACUGUAGUUGGAAGAACAGGGCAGUGUCAGCAGGCCGAACGCCUAUACAACAUAAUAAGAAAUCGCGUGGUCAGUCAACGAGAGAGAGGAAUCUCAAGUUCCCUGCAACGCAGUCAACUAACGAGAUGGACGUCCCCUUCCUGGGUUGCUGGUGGGCCACUGCCGCACUUCUGCUGGGCGGUGUGCUGUAUGUGUAUUUGAAGCGCACACACAACUACUGGCGGAAAAGAGGUGUUCCUUACGUGAAACCUCUACUUCUGUUUGGGAACCUCAAAGAUGCAAUGCUGGGCCAGAAGAAUCUCGGCGAAGUCUACCAGGACCUUUACUGGAAGCUGGAUGGCUACAGAUAUGGAGGUGUGUUUAAGUUCAGACAGCCGUCGCUGCUGGUCCGAGACCCGGAACUCAUCAAGACGAUACUCGUCAAGGAAUUCAACAGUUUCCAUGACAACGAUAUUGAAUCGGACCCUGAAGUGGACCCAUUAUUUGGACGCAACCCUUUUGUGUUGACUGGUGAGAGGUGGAAGAAAACACGGUCACAGUUAACACCAGCACUCAGUUUGGGAAAGAUAAAGCCUUAUUUUCCUCUCAUCGCAGAGGUUUGCGUGGAACUAACACACUGCAUUGAGAACUCAGGUGCUUCUGGGACAGAGUUUGAAUUGAAGGAACUAUGCACCCGGUACACAACCGACGUUGUGGCUACUUGUGCGUUCGGUAUCCGUGGAGAGGGACUGCAAGACCCCGAUUGUGAACUCCGUCAGAUAGGCCGAGAAACCUUCGAACCAUCUUUUUGGAAAAACAUGAAAGUAUUAAUCGUCAUGCUGCUUCCACGUGUUGCUAAAUUUUUGAAAAUUAGGGUAGUAACUCAGAAGAUGUACAAGUUUCUCCAGCGUAUUGUCAAUGAAGUGAUGGAGUACCGUGAGAAAAACAACGUGAUUCGGGCAGACUUUCUGCAGCAUCUCAUUACCCUCUACAAGAAGGGAGGAGGAACUGCUGACGGUUUCACUGAAGAAGAUAUUGCUGCACAAGCAAGUACUUUCUUUUUCGAUGGUUACGAAACGUCGUCUAUUGCUAUGGCCUUUGGGCUGUACUGCCUUGCUGUUAACCCUGACGUACAGACGAAGAUACGGGAAGAAGUGGACUCUAUUCUGCAGAAACAUGGCGGCGAACUCACUUUCGACGGCAUUCAAGAAAUGACGUACCUCGACAUGGCCUUGUCCGAAGCUCUUCGGAUGUACCCACCCGCCACGACUCUAAUGAAAGUGUGCACGAAGCCAUUUGAGCUGGAAACGCCAUCAGGAGGAACGUAUGAAGUGGAAGUGGGUACGCCAGUGGCAAUCCCGUUGUAUGCCAUCCACAAUGAUCCCCAGCACUACCCUGACCCGAAGCGCUUCGACCCGGAGCGUUUCAGCGAAGAAAACAAGAACACCCGCCAUCGAUACUCAUAUUUGCCUUUCGGCGAUGGUCCCAGGAUGUGUCUAGGUUUCCGGUUUGCUCUCCUGCAGAUAAAAGCUGGUAUCGCCACAGUCAUUUUUAAUUUCAGAAUCUCUCCUAACAAGCGAACUCCAGUUUCUGUAAUACCAGAUCCGAAUUACUUUAUGCUCGCUGCUAAGGGCGGUCUAUGGUUGGAUAUUAAGAAGCGAACUGAUAAGUGAACGCCUUGAAAGAAUACACAAGACUAAUAUCACUAAUGAACUGGCUUUUGAAAGAGAAUAUAGUAUCUAACACGCAAUAUAAAAUCUUCUAUACCAAAGGCAAAUAAAAAAUGAUAAAAAUCUUGCUUUCACAUCACCCAUUAUGCUUGUUAUUUACAUUCAUCAUUAUCCCGAUUUUGAUGCUUUGUUAGUAAAACUUCAACUGUUUUUAAAGCGAUUAAAAACGUAUUUGCAUUAAAAAAUGGUGUCAUAACAAAGCUGAACGUAUCGUAAAAAAAUCACUUUCGGAACUAGAAUUUUUGUUAGUAUGUAGAAAUCUUGAUCAAAAGUGCAAACAGUGAUUUUUUUGUGUAAGCAAAGUAUUUCACACCUUUUUAAUUUCUUUAUUCUCGACUUAAAAGUCACAAAGUUCUAAAAAAAAUGUAUAUUCAUAACGAGACUGGAAAAAGCAGCUCACUCCCAGUCUAUCGGAUCCCACACAGUAGGUGUCGCCUUCUACAUGUGAUGACGAAGGUAAAUCAUCUAUCGAAACUUCGUAAUUUUAUGAGACAUUUUAAAAAAAAUUCAACAGACGAUGUAUAAAGCACAAAAUAUAGAAAUCACCAAAGAC